AUGCUUAGCCGCUGUUUUGUCGUGUACCGCAAGGCGGUAGCGCAAUUCAGUGCGAGAGACUUUCGCCCGCGUCAGAGUAUUGCCCUGACGCCAGAGAACGUAACUCUGAUGUUGAAAUCGAAACUACACCCGAAUGAUCGGCUGCUCCGCCAAUCAACCGUUGGUCCCGGUGCUUCCCGCUUUUUAAUAGUGGAUCGAAACCAAUGUGUGCGUGGAAUUUAUCGUCCUCUGCUCUGUUUACCAUAUCCAAUGGCCGGGUCCAGUGUGUUGGGAGUACCCGUAGAAUCAUAUCUGCAGGUGGUGGAGCAAAAACUGCUGUCAGAAGAGAAUACUACGCUUAUUUUUGUUUCGCAUGCAAAUGGGUUUAGCUUCACAGUGUAUGGAAUAGACGGGAGUCUUCGCCUUCCAUUGGUCCAUCUCAAGUUGCCCGGUGAACGGUCUGUGACGGCGGGUAAAAUGAGUGACCGUGACAUGCGACCUUUUGUGAAUACGACAAAUCUCAUGGAUGACCUUGCAGAGCUAGUUACUGACCACUAUGCAACUUCUAUACAUCCAUGCAGCUCAUUUUUUUACCUAUCGGGAUCAGAUUCCGUCUUGUCUUUUUCAGAAACCAAAGCGGCAUGGAGAGAGCGGGGAUAUGCCGAUAAACUGCCGCUUAGUUUUGAAGACAAGCGGUGGGUGAGUCUUCCAGAUUUAGCUGCUCAGCACCGAGGUGUUACUCCACUUUAUUGUACAGAUUUUGACGGCUACAAAGUCGUAGAUGAGAGGGGACUCACCACAAGGGUAAAAUUGGGGCGACUUGAACUGGAUUCGUGA